UUUCAACCAAAUUUAUUUAUUUCUUACAUUCCAUAUUCAUAAAUAUCAGAGCGAAAUCAAGCCUCCCAAGCUUUUCUACGGAACCGCAGCUCAGCCAUGCCGGUGGGUUGUCUCAAAGCCGCUAAUUCGCCGCCACCCACUCGCUUCAAGGACGACUGCUGCGCUCCGGGCGUCCACCUGAAGGGCUUGAGUGUGACUCUCGCACGCAAGCAGCGCCCGGCCAUAGGCUUCUCCCCGGAACAGGACCUUGAGAGGAAGGGCGUCGAGUCAGAGGUCAGAAACGACUGUGAUCUAUCGAUUCCGGUCGAGGGGCUGAACAGGACCCGGGACGACGACCACGACGGGCAGCCCCUGUGGUGGCUGACGAGGACGUCCUCGUCGAUUCUGUUGGUGCAGGGCGUCUUCGUCACUCUCUUCACUGCUUUCGCCAGGUACUCUCCAUACGCCGAUGGUUCGCACGUUCGCAACAAUCACCAUUCCAUCCUGGGGGGAUAUGUUCAAGAAAUUAACCCCAUCCACCAGCACUUUGGUAGCGGGAUGUCCAUUCACAUGUUGGUGUUGGUAGGGAUGGGAUUGCGUGUCGCCUUCAUCCGGGACUUUUCCUACAGCGCCAUUGGGGCUUCGUUGCUGAUGGGUGGCAUCGGCAUGCAGUGGGGAAUACUCUGUCAUGGCUUUAUCUCGUCUACAGACGAGAACAUCUACAUUGAUAUUCACAGCAUAAUCCAAGGCCAAGUGAGCAGCAUAGCAGUGAGCGUGAGUCAUGGCGCCGUUCUGGGUCUUGUGUCGCCUCUGCAGGUCCUUGGACUGACCUUACUGCACAUCCCGAUUCACUUAUUGUCCGAUCUGCUCUCGUCUCGAGUCUUGAAGGCCGUUGAUAUGGGAGGAAGCGUCAGUUUCCAUUUGUUCAGUGCUGUGUUUGGAGUGGCAGUCAGUGUGGUCCUCCGAAUCAACGCUAAAGAAAGCUCAUCGAAGAUCAACUUUACCAAGACAUCUCAACUGGUUGCUUAUCUGGGGAGCGCGUACCUGGUGGCCUUCCUCCCCAGCGUGUGGGCUACGCGGCUCGUCGGAGACGACCUUCACAGGGCCACGAUCAACGUCGUUUUGGCCACCUUCUCCGCCUCCGUCAUGGCCUUUCCUGCCUCCUCCAUCGCUCAUUCCCGCAGGAAGUUUUCUAUAAGCGACAUCCAGUGUGGUUUGGUGAGCGGUUUUGUGGCCGUGGGAGCCGUGGCUAACGUCAUGAUACAGCCUUAUGGAGCUCUUCUUCUUGGCGGCUUCGGGAGCGCUGCUUGCAUUUUUGCUCGACAUUCCAUCAGGACAUAUCUGAAGUCACGAUUCGGCGUCCAUGACGUCAGCUGUGCGGGAGUCAGCCACGGCGUCGGAGGUCUGAUAGGAGGGCUGGCGGGUGCUGUCAUGGCCCUCGAGGCCACUGAAAAUGGCCUCUAUGGAUUCAGCGUCUAUCAGCUCUACCCAGCGAUGUCUCCCGUGACGGGCAGCGACGAGCUGGUCGAAGUGGAGAGCUACCUGAACGUGAAAGCUGGAGACGGACGCUCUCCUCUCUCCCAGUUCUUGUAUCAGCUCCUGCACUUGAUUGUGACAAUCUGCGUUGCCGCUGCAGGUGGCGCUGUUACCGGUCUUCUGCUCCGGCUGCCAUUCCUCGAAAACCUGACGCAGGAUGACCUAUUUAGCGACAGCCGGUUUUGGCAAUGCCCCGCCCGGGCACCAACUGGCCACCAUAACAGGCAUCGCGUUGGCAGGUUCAGCCACAGCCACGGGGCUUUUGUCGCAGACUCCAAUGGGUCGUCCACUCCCUACCGCAGCAUAGAACAGCCCAGCGUUUGAUGAAUCUCUCGCGAAAUCAGUUGAAAGCUUUCAACUUGCUAUUAUUCUGUGGCUAUGACACAACUA